UACAUUCGCAGCUUCAUCCUGGAUAGACUUGGGCAUCUGAAUUACCGCUUGAUAGCACUGCUUCAGUUUAGCAGCAAAUUGUACUGUUCCAGUUAUUUAAUCACAUCUUCUUCUAGGCUACGAGUUCAUUAUAAUAAGACUCUAUUCCACGAAUAGAAGCAAUGUCAGACCCCGAACCCACCUUCCAGAAUCCCAUCAUCAGGGGCUUCAACCCAGACCCGACCAUCUGUGUGGUCCCAGCCACGGCCACAAAACCCACAACGUACUUCCUCAGCACCUCGACCUUUGAUUUCUUUCCGGGUGCCGCCAUCUACGCGUCCACGGACCUGAUCAAUUGGGAUCUGAUCGGGCACGCGCUGACGAGGAAAAGCCAGCUUGAUUUGCGAACCGUGGAGCCUGGGGCGGGAAGCUGGGCGGGUACGUUGAGGUAUAGGUCGGGCGAGGGAAAAGGGGGGAAGGGGAGGUGGUAUUUGGCAAAUGGGCUGUUUAUGCGGUAUCGGCCAAGGGUGGAUGAACGCAUCUUCCCUCGCGGAUUCUACGUUUACACGGACGACAUCUGGGACUCAAAUGCCUGGUCCGACCCCAUCUACUUUGAUAACCCCGGAUUUGACCAGGAUCUCUUCUGGGACGACUCUAGCUCCCCUUCUAAAGUCUACCUCUCUACCACCGUCCGCCUCUCCCACCGCCCCCCAAACUCCCCGCUCAAAGACUUCGCCAUUCACAUCUCCGAGAUCGACCUGGCCACCGGCCGAACCCUAACCCCACCCGUCGUAAUCCGCGAGUCACCGCACGGCAUCGCUGAGGGGUCGCACAUCCUCCGGCGGGGGAAGUACUACUACCUGUUCACAGCUGAAGGGGGCACUGAAGCGAGACAUCAGGAGUGGUGUUUCCGCAGUUGCGAGGGGCCCCUGGGGCCGUGGGAGUCGCAGGGAAAGCCACUAUGGUAUAACGGUGCGGAUGAUGAGGUGCAGAGGACGGGGCAUGCGGAUGUGUUUGAGGAUGGGGAGGAGGAGUGGUGGGCGGUUUUCUUGGGGGUGAGGCCGGUUAAGGGGGAGGGAGGAGGUUAUUUGGAACCGCAACUUGGUCAGUCCCAUUUUAUGGUCUGUCGUAAUGUUGCAUACCGGACUCAUGACAAUUGUGUAGGAAGGGAAACGUUCCUGGUCAAGGUCGACUGGGUGGACGACUGGCCGGUGUUCAACGACGGGAAAAACGUUACUCUGGUGACACACGGGCGGAAUCCUGCGAAGCAACUGCUCGCCCAAACGAAGCCAGACAACAUCAAGUGGCGGGCUGAUCUUGAUCAAAGUCUGUUGGGAUUGGGCUGGUAUCAGAAGAAUACUCCGUUAAAACAGUGUUACACACUCACGGAACGACCCGAUUUUCUGCGACUCUACGGUAACUGCUAUGAUUUGACAUGGCCCGAGGCGCCAGCCAUGCUGCUCAUAAAGCAAUCGAGUUACACCGAAUCCUUCCACGCCAAAAUGGAGUUCGGCCCCAGCCAACCCGGGUACGAGGCCGGCGUUGUGCUCUGGUGGAGUCAGUAUUCCCACGCAACAAUGGGUAUCACUCUCCAGGAGCUCCCGAAUGGAGACCAGGUACGGACUGCCAUCUGUCGCAAACCCACCGGUCACGCUGGCGUCAUGGAGGAAACCGGGUGCCGUCUCGCAUCAACGCAGAAGCAGGGUCUCGUGGGUGUGUCGAUGACGACAGAAUUACAUAUCGAAACGCAACCCACGGGCUACAAGCUGAGUCUCAGAGCCAAUGAUGGUGUGAAACUAGAGGUGGAGUUCCCUGCCAGUAACUUGACUGUUAUGCCUCCGGUGGGCGGCGCUUUCACCGGCGUCAUGUUUGGCCUCUACUCCUUUGGCAAAGGAGAACCAGUACUUGACCCAGCGGACUUUUCGGAAAUCUAUGUGAAAGAGGGAAGACGAACGAAAGAAACGUCGUUGGAUAGGCUGGGUUCGAGAUAUGAGGCUCUACAUGUAGGCGCCCGCUCCGCCUCCGCGGUGCCUGAAGAUUGAUUGGUCCAAUUGAGAUUGCAUGGUGACUACUGCAGCUGCACAUGCGUUAGGAAUAAGCAGACGUCCAACGCGUCUGUUGGGCAGAACCUGCAUGGUGUAUUGAGUAUCGCUCUUGUGGGCGGGUUACCUUUUCAGUACGAAGUAUUA